AUGGUUAGCGGUGUUGGAAUUACUGCAGGUCCGCACCGUUUGUGGUCACACAAAAGUUACAAGGCCAAAACUCCUCUGAAAAUAAUUCUUAUGUUCAUGAAUUGUGUUGCCUUUCAAAACGAUGUCAUUGAAUGGUCGCGUGACCAUAGAUGCCACCACAAGUGGACUGACACUGAUGCUGAUCCUCAUAACAUCAAUAGAGGAUUUUUCUUUGCCCAUAUGGGUUGGCUACUUUGCAAAAAACAUCCUCUAGUAAGGGAGAAAGGAGCAACUUUAGACAUGUCUGAUUUGACUUCGGAGCCUGUUCUGGCUUUUCAGAGAAAAUAUUACCUUCCCCUUGUAUUCAUUUUCUGUUUUCUUCUCCCUACAGCAACAGCUGUCUUUUUAUGGGGUGAAUCCGUUUGGAUUGCCUUUUGCACCGCAGCAUUGUUUCGUUAUUGCUUGAAUUUGCAUGCAACUUGGUUUAUUAACUCAGCGGCACAUACUUUCGGCUACAAGCCUUAUGAUGUCGCUAUCAAAGCUACCGAGUCCAUGUUGACCACGUUGACUGCUUGGGGCGAGGGAGGUCACAAUUAUCAUCACACAUUCCCCCAAGACUACCGUACCUCUGAGAUGCUCGGUGUUUUCAACUUUAGUCGACUUUUUAUCGACUUUUUUGCUAAAAUCGGAUGGGCCUACGAUCUUAAAACUGUGGAUGAAAAGACAAUUCAACGUCAAAUGGGCCGACAACUUGAAAGGCUGAAAGAGGAGGAGAAGAAAAAUAGUAGAGCAGCCUAA